AUGACGCCAGCCAAACCAGCGUCGAGGUUACAAUCGGUCGGCGUAGGGCUGCUAGCCAUCAUAGCAGCUUUCCUCCUCUUCUGGCCAGGCCCCGGUGACAUUCCCCGGCGUCGCCUCGCCCUCAAACCUCUGAACAAGGCGCAGAUCUUCAAGAGCCCGUUCAAGGGCUUCACCAAGGGCGUGCAGGACAUGCUGAAUAAGCUUAAGCAGCGCGACCGCACGAUGGCGAAGUUCGUCGGGAACAGCGUCGAGACGAUGCCGAUCAACGUGAACAUGACGCAGCGCGGCGUGCUGCUCGCGCUGAAAAAGGCCUGGGGAGGGAAUUUCUAUCAGUCGGAAACGUGGGUGGAGUCGGCUCAGGCCGAGCUCUGGUGGGGUGUGACGAUCAACGAAUUCGGAUCUGUUACAGCGUUGGAGUUACCACGUGCGGAGAUCACCGGCCCGCUUCCGAUGCUGCUGACGAAGCUCACGGGGCUGACCGCGCUGGACCUAAGGGGGAACCACCUGAGAGGAAGCAUUCCGAAAGGGUUACUCGCGGCGUUACCCGGUCUGCAGUCGCUGUACCUCAGCGAUAAUAAUCUCGUUGGCGAGUUUCCCUUUAACGAGGUUUUCAGGAAGCCGGUUGUUCCCAUGGCGAUGUUGCAGAUUGACGGUAAUGUCUUCACAGGGACCAUCGCCGACGACGUUUUCGCGAAUGCGACGUCGCUGCAGUCGCUCGGCCUCUCCUCCAACAAGUUCUUCGGGGCGAUUCCCUCCAGCCUGGGCAACUGUCGGCAAAUCUCAGCCAUUGAUCUGAGCGACAACCACGUUCUCCUGGACCUUUCGGGCAAUUAUUUUGAGGGCAGCACGCAGUUGACUAUUCAGGUGCCCGGGUCGGAGGACUACCCUGGCACAUCUCAAGUCUGCCCUGCCGAGUAUCCUGAGAAGGUUCUUGUGGAGGGUAACUGCCUCACGACUGACGGGGUAGGGGAUGCAGAGUGUGCGGCGGAGGGUCAGAGGCUUCCUGAGCAGUGUAGCGCGUUUUGCGGAACAGGGACACCAGUGGGGCAGUGUGGAGGCAAUGGGGCCCUCUGUGACAUCAAGGGUCUUUCCGAUGCCAAAGUCGAGAAGAUUCUUGAGGCCGCGGGUAAACUAGUGAAUUGUGGCUACGUUACGGGAAACGAAGCUCUUAACCUGAGGAAACAAGUCGUAAGAAUCACGACAGGAAGCCAGGCCUUGGACGAUCUCCUUGGAGGUGGCGUUGAGACUAUGGCCAUAACUGAAGCUUUUGGUGAAUUUCGGACGGGCAAGACUCAACUUGCACACACAUUAUGUGUGGCCACACAGCUGCCAAUCAACAUGAAAGGUGGCAAUGGUAAAGUGGCCUUCAUUGACACCGAAGGAACAUUCCGUCCAGAGAGAAUCGUUCCAAUCGCCGAGAGAUUUGGCUUGGAUCCUAAUGCGGUGCUUGACAAUAUCAUAUUCGCUCGAGCUUACACGCACGAGCAUCAAUACGAGCUUCUCAUUGCACUUGCCGCAAAAAUGGCUGAAGAGCCCUUCAAGCUGCUGAUCAUCGACUCCAUCACAGCUUUGUUCAGGGUGGACUUCACGGGGCGUGGAGAACUCGCGGAGAGGCAGGUACAAUACGACACGUGA